AUGCACGCCGCCCGGGAUGAUGAAGCUAAUCACCCCAGCGCUCCACUCCUAGAGAAUCACGCCUCGCCGCAACGUGAGGAAAAUGCAGAUGCUUCAUGGAGGCUGAAUGAACUGGUUUAUACCACCUCUGGGACUUGGUUCAUCUGGGCUCUCACGUUGUCAGCUGGUAUCAGUGGCCUUCUAUUUGGAUACGAUACCGGGGUCAUAUCAUCGACGUUGGUCUCCAUCAAAAGGGACCUGUCGCAUCGAGAGCUGACCACAUUGGACAAAAGCUUGAUCACGUCAAGUACUAGCUUGUUUGCGCUCAUUGCUAGCCCCGUGGCUGGUACUCUAGGUGACAAACUGGGAAGAAAACCGAUUAUCUUGAUUGCCGAUGCCUUGUUUAUCCUGGGUGCCCUAUGGCAAGCCGCCACCUCUACUGUUAGCGGUAUGAUUGUUGGCCGCAGCUUGGUGGGAUUAGCUGUUGGAACGGCAAGUUUAAUUGCGCCUUUAUACAUUGCGGAGCUAUCCCCUUCACAGCUUCGGGGCAGAUUGGUAACUAUUCUCAUACUGUUCAUCACAGGUGGCCAGGUCGUUGCUUAUGUCGUUGGCUGGUUACUUUCGACGACAACUUCGGGUUGGCGCUGGAUGGUUGGCCUCGGUGCCCUUCCUGCACUGGUUCAGCUCAUACUUCUCAUGUUCCUCCCAGAAACCCCGCGCUGGCUCGUGAAUGCUGGAAAUGACGGCGAAGCUCGCCUAGUUUUAGGAAAAGUAUAUGGGACCACUGAAACAGCCAGACAGGAGGUGGAUCGAGUCAUUCGAGAUAUAGAAGCAGAGAUUAACGAAGAACAUUCCACAUCGACUUCUUGUGGUGAUUUGUCUUCCAACGGCCCCCUUUCCCGGUGGCUGGCCUCAACAACAAAUAAUUGGAACGUACUCUUCACAGUUCCAGCAAAUCGCCGCGCCUUAAUCAUAGCUUGUAUGUUGCAAGGCUUCCAGCAGCUUUGUGGUUUCAAUUCGCUCAUGUAUUUCUCCGCCACUAUCUUCAAUAUCCUGUCUUUCUCUUCGCCUACCCUAACUUCUCUAUCCGUGGCGGUGACAAACUUCCUCUUCACCCUACUCGCCUUCUCUCUUAUAGACCGUAUCGGCCGUCGGCGUAUCCUCCUUUACUCCGUUCCAAUCAUGGCUCUCUCCUUAAUUCUUUGUGCAGUCGCGUUCCCCCACAUUAAUAUAGAAACUCCAAACCCAGCCGUUCCACCAAACGCCACCGACCCACCUCGAUUAUCACCCAUUUUAAUCCUUAUCUCCCUCACCAUAUACACAGCCUCCUUCGCUUCCGGCCUCGGAAACGUUCCGUGGCAACAAUCAGAGCUUUUCCCUCUUCAAGUCAGAUCACUCGGCUCCGCACUCGCCACUGCAACGAAUUGGGGCUCAAAUUUCCUUGUGGGGCUUACAUUCUUGCCUUUAAUGGAAUUUAUCUCGCCUGGCUGGACCUUUGUGAUUUAUGCAUGCGUCUGUAUUGUCGGGUGGUUGUCGGUGUGGGCGAUUUACCCUGAAAUGAGUGGGUUGGGUUUGGAAGAUGUACGAGGCCUGCUAGCGGACGGGUGGGGCGUAAGGGAGAGUAUAGAAAGCUUUUCUAAGAGGCAGAAGAGUCAUAUUGAUUCAUGA